AUGUAUAACAAAAUCUAUAAAAUGAAUGCUGUUAAAAUCCCAUUAUCAGAAUUAAAUACAAGGCUGGUUACAUUAGGAUUAUCUCCGAAUUGGACAAUAAGAGAGACUGGUUUGAAGGGAUAUACUUUAAGAAGAAAGUAUACCUUCUCCAAUUUUGAAGCCACUUGGUCCUUUCUUAUUCAGGUUUCCAUGAGAGCUCAUCUGUGGGGUCAUCAUCCUACAAUCCAUACUAUCUAUAACAAAGUGGAAUUAGAAUUGAUUACACAUGAUCUUGAUAAUGGUUGUAUAUCAGAUAUCGACCUUAAAUUGGCAAAACAAAUUGAAUCAUAUAUAAAUUUAUACAAGUCACAAGAAAAUGGGCAAAUACUAAUGAAUAAACAGUAA